CCAUAAUUUCGUCUGCUGCUCCUUGUAAACACGGGUCAGUCUGGCCAGAGCCGCUGCGCAGAGAUACUUCUCUUCUCUCACUCUCCUUUUCAUUCAUCCCUCGUCUUGAAAAAGAUAUCGGCUAUUAAAGCUACGGCGGCUGCGUUAUGGCAAAAGUGUUAACAUCUUUUUCCCAGAAUGUGAGAUAUUUGACUCGUUCGUUGGAGCCAAGGUUGUUGGCGGCUGAUCUUGGGGGUCAACCCAGGUCGAAGGUCACGACCUGCCUCUUCAGCACAGGUCGUGUUGACAGGACGAACACAGGCUAUCCACGACCAAGGUUGUCGCCGCAGGAGGUAUCUGCAAUUUUACGUCAAAAUGAAGGCAUGGUGCAGCUGAACAGUGGAGGGACAGGAUGGACAGAACAGGGCUACACAUCAUCAGGAUCUUAUUCUAUAGAUUCUGUUGAUUCCAAUCAACUGGCUUCCAACUCACCCAUAGAAGAUAAACUGGCAUCAGCAAGAUGCCUGCACACUACAGGAUAUCUCUUUGGCGUGUUUGAUGGUCAUGGAGGACCAGAGUGCAGUCAGGUUGUGGCUAAAAGACUCUUUGACUAUGUGGCUGCUGCACUGCUCCCGCGCAAGGAGUUACGUCGGGUGGUGUCUGAGUGGGAAGCGGGUAAUCGCAUACCUCUCAUCCAGGUCUAUAAUGAUCCUUCUCAAUUUGUGUCUGAACUGCAGGAAAUUUACCAAGAUUCAUUUUUGAGAUAUUGCAUUUCCCUGCUCAGUGCAUUUGAUGAAGAUUUCAGUAUGGAGGAAGUAUUGGUUCAAGCAUUUGUUCAGCUUGAUAAUGACAUGGGGCGAGAGGUAAUAGAGAAUCAACAAUCUGCAGUGUUGGAACCAUUAUUACGUGUUGCUCUUUCUGGCUCUGUUGCGUGUGUAGCUCACAUUGAUGGUCCACAUCUCCAUAUUGCUAAUACUGGAGACUGUGGAGCUGUUUUAGGAAUGCAGUCUCAAACAGCAGGUAGUGGCUGGCGAGCACUUCGUCUAACAAGAGAUCACAACUGGGAAAAUCCAGAUGAAAUUGAACGUGUGCUAUCUGAGCAUCCAGACUCAGAGGGUGAACAUGUAAUAGCAGAUCAACGACUCUUGGGUGUACUAAUGCCCUUCCGAGCAUUUGGCGAUUUCCGCUUUAAGUGGGACCUAGUAACACAAGCUGAAAUAAUUCAACGUUACUUAGGGCCUGAGCACUUGAUUCGUCACUGCAUAACUCCACCAUACCUGACUGUUACACCAGAAGUUACUUACCACCGCCUUCGGCCUCGUGAUAGAUUCCUCUUGAUGGGAUCUGAUGGAUUGUGGGAAUGCAUGAGUCCAUUAGACACUGUCACAUUGGUGGGAGAGUACAUGUCGGGGCGGCAGACCUUGCAACCUGUGCGUUUCCCAAGACAGGCAAUAACACUUAGGGAAGUUGCUAGUAUAUUGGAACAGAGACAGAAAGGCCUGAACCUGAAGCCUGUGGAUACUAAUGCUUCCACCCACUUAAUACGUCAUGCAUUGGGAGGCUCUGAUGCAGGCCUUGAUCAUGCACGACUCUCUCAUUCGCUCACACUCCCACCAGAAGUGCGACGUUUUUUCAGAGAUGAUAUAUCUAUUCAUGUAAUCUUCUUUGAUCCCAAUUUCUUAAGAGUUUGCCCAGUGGAAAUCUAGGAUGUAUAUAUGAUUUGCUAAGUAGUUUCAGAGAAGAUUUAUACUUGAUAAAAUAUUAACUAACGCCAUGAUAAUUUUUUAAGGGCAAAGUAUAUAGAAAAAGAUUUUGUCAAUGAAUCCUUUGUAUGAAUUUUUAGAUAAAUCAGAUUUUUUUUCUUAAUAUUAGAAAAAUGUGUAAAUAUUAUAUAAAAUACUACAAGCAGUAAAAAUUAUUUAAGUCAUGUUAUAAAUUUUUUUUAUCGAUAAUUAUUCUGGUUAACUUCUUUUCUGGAGUAUAUUAUAGAGACACUAAUAAAAAUAUAUGAAGUAAGGAAGGAAGUGAUUAUAAGAAACAAAAUUCUUAUGCACGAGAGAUGUAAUUGUCUGUGAUAUAUAUAUGUAUAUAGCAGUUGUGGCUUGCCUUAUGGCAUGAGGUUAAUUAUUUUUGGUUUCUUGGUGCUCUUACUACUCAGUAGUUGAGGUAGAUAUGAGAUAUCCCUAUCUUUGGUAUACCAAAAUAAAAGAUUAACCGGCCAUAUAAUUCUGA